AUCGAUAGAUAGUUAACGAUAACAAUGACGAGUUUUGUUUAUAAACGACAAUUGUUUACAAUUUGUUAUAAUUUAUUAUUUUUAACUGCUUAAACUGCAAUAAUAAUCGAAAUAUAAAAUGAACAGCAUAAAAUAAAACCAAGUUUCAAUUUACCAACUCAACAUCAAUGCAAACACGUCAAAGAUGACUCCAAAAAUUGUUUGGACUGACGAUGUUUUAAAUUUUAUUAUUAAAUAUGUUCAAGCAACGCCAUAUAUAUGGAAUCCAUCCAAUCUCAAUUUUAAUAAUAAACGAAGGAAAGCCAAAUUCUGGGAUGAUCUGGCCAAGAAAAUCAAUUCGUAUGAAGAAUUUAGUUCGAAAAAUCCACAUUUAACCCGAGAUGUUUUAUCGAGAAAGUGGAACAAUAUGAAGUCUUAUUAUGUGGCGGAAAGGCAUAGGUUAUUUACACUCAACCGUGGCGAAAAUCUGGAUGACAACGAUGAUGCUGAUGUUGACACCAUCGCUUGGAAGUUCAUGCCAGCAAUGUCUUUUCUUAAUACCAGGGGAUCAAGGAGCGGGCGAAAAGAAUUAAAGACAGACCCUUCUUUUGCCAAUGAGGCAAACCCCAGCGAUGGAAGCUUUGAACUGUCCGAGGACGAUUUUGAACAAUCGCUGGAUCCUCUAGAGGCAGCCAAGUCCAUGCUAGAAGUAGCGACUGAGGCUCCUACGGCAGUUUCUCCAUCAACACGAAGAACCCCAGAGAUCACCAAUGAAAUUUUUCAUUUUGUUAGUAAUACUGAGGACGAUGAGGAUGAACAAAGUUCAUCAUCUAUCAAGGAACAGGAGGUGGCAGCCCCAGGCCACCUUAUGCCCACAUUAAGUAGCCAACUUCCUACAAAUUCUUGCUAUCAUUAUGCCAUGAUAAUUGCUCAGGACUUGGAUCAACUGGAUGAGGACUUGAAAAUUGAUGCAAAAUUGGAAAUAAUGCAAGUGUUGGCCAAAUAUAAAAAGGAACAUUUGCGGAGCAAACGGAAUAGAGUAAUUGUUAAAAGGGAGCCCGCUUAGAUUAAAUAAAUUUUAUUAUGCUAAUUAUAAGUUACAAAUUGAAUUUUAACUUCGAUUUUUUUUUAAAUUUGGUUACCCUAAACCAGGGAGUCACAGUCGAUAAAUAUACUUGCCUGUUGAUAUCGAUAGUAAUUAACAAAAUAUUUAAAACAAAUAAAAUUCUGUAUUAAUAUUUAAUAGUUAUUACUGAUUUAAUAUAAUAUAAAUUAAAAUUCCCCACAUUUAUUCUA